AUGAUAGUCUACGUGAUUUCUGGGGGCUCAGAAGUUAGUAGAAUUACACACUCUGCUGCAAAGAGGCACACCAGACAAGCAAGAUCUAACAAGGCGGGAGAAGAUGUACCCAGUCGGGCCAAGACCGGCCUGCCAACCCAGACAAUCAGCUUUCAAACUACAGAAUCAGACAAGCUUCUUAACCCUCAUCACGAUGCUUUAGUUAUUUCUAUCUAUAUUGCCAAUUGUCUUACAAAACGGGUAUUGAUUGAUAACGGCAGUUCCGCCAAUAUCAUGUUUAUUAGUGCUUUCAGGGAGAUGGGUUUAAGCGAGUCCAGCAUAACAAAGAAAACCGCCGUCCUCAUAGGCUUCAACGGUGAGAGCAAGACAACCGUUGGGGAGACCGACCUACCCGUCUAUGCCGAAGGAGUCAAUUUGUCAACAAGAUUCCUAGUGGUUGAUGCCCCCUCCGCAUUCAAUGUUAUCAUUGGUCGUCCAUGGAUCCAUGACAUGGAGGCAGUCCCUUCCACCUUCCACCAGUGA